AAGAAGAAAACCUUUACGGUUUAGUUCCUGGUUGCAUAAAGUGGAGAACCACUCACUGUCCAGAGUGUUGUCUUCGUCGCCUGUAAGCCAGCGGUUGCUUUAUUUCGGCCAAUAUGUUCAAAGGGUUGGGGACGUGGUUGGGUUUGGAGAACCCGACGUACACGACGACGUCAGAUGACAAAGAAAGCCCGAGCGUGCAGCAGGAAGAAAAGGUGGUAGAAGCGCAAAACGAGGUAAACAAACAGCAGCCAGCUGACCAGGAUGUGGAACCAGAGGCGAACCUGGAAAACUCGGAGCAGAGCAAAGGACUGGGCGGCUACAUCUUCAGUUUUGCCUCCAGCGCCACCAAGAAGAUUUCUGAGUCGGUGGUCGAGACAGCUCAGACCAUCAAGAAGACUGUGGAAGAAGGCAAAAUCGACGGCAUCAUAGACAAGACUUUUCUAGGAGACUUUCAAAAGGAGCAAGAGAAGUUUGUCCAAGAGAAGAAAGCAAAAAAAUCAGGAGCAGCAGUGCCUCCCUGGGUUGGCUACAAUGAGGAGGAGACAAUCCAGCAACAGAUCCUUGCCCUGUCAGCUGACAAGAGGAACUUCAUGCGGGACCCUCCCGCGGGUGUUCAGUUCCACUUCGACAUGGAGCAGAUGUAUCCUCUGGCCGCAGUGAUGCUGGAGGAAGACCAACUCCUUAACCGCAUGCGUUUCGACCUGGUUCCCAAACAUGUGAGGGAGGAGGUGUUCUGGAGGAAUUAUUUCUACCGGGUGUCUCUGAUCAAGCAGUCAGCUCAGCUCACGGCGCUGGCGGCCCAGCAGCAGCAGAGGGACGGCGAGGACAGAGGGGCCGGUGUUUCACCUGAGGACGUCGUGCUAACAGACAAUGUCAGACCAAAAACUCCUCCAGUUUCCAUCGGCGACAUACAGAAGCCACCUCAGGAAGAAGAGGAGGAGAUGUCUACAAGUCCCGGAGUGUCAGAGUUUGUGAGCGAUGCUUUCGACUCGACGGCCAUCAACCAGGAGGACCUGAGAAAAGAGAUGGAGCAGCUGGUGCUGGAUAAGAAGGAGAGCAUCCCCUCUCCUGAUGAUGAGGCAGCAGACUGGGAGAAGGAGCUGCAGCAAGAGCUUCAGGAGUACGAGGUGGUGACAGAGUCAGACAACAAGGACGACCAGUGGGAUCAAGAGAUUGAGAAGAUGCUCCAGGCUGAUGACAGCUAGACAACUACCAUGUGUCUGUCCCCUGUAAAGGCAGGGAUCUGGCCUAGAAUGGAUGAAUAGUGACCGGUGAUGCACAGGGGGAUGAACUUCCACAUCCUCGGCCCCACCCAACUGUGAUUACUGUCUUGUAAACAUUCUCCUGUACCUGAUGAAGGUGUAGAUCCUGUUAGAGCAAGGGUGUGUCACUUCUGCUGGAAGAAGUGGUUAUGUUCAGGCAUAUUAGUGAAGUACUACUUCAGUGCUCCCUCCUGAAUUAGUUUUAUCUACUCAGUUUCCCUUCUCUUUUCUCUUUUUGAUGAGAAAAGCUGCUAGAGGGCGCUCCAGUACAAGUAAGAUUGGAUUUGACAAUGGAGAGGGCUUGUUUGAAAUCACAGAUCUGCAUCAAAUUUUAUCUUUGUUUCCACUGCUGCUUUGUAGUUGGUUGUAAAGUGAAGUCUUAGUAUAGUUAUAGUACAGUAAAGUCAAAUGUAAAGUUACAUUUAUGUAAAUAAAGAGGAUUCUAACAUUA